UCUCCCUUGUUAGUGUUUUGGAUCAUUAAGUCGGUGUUUAUUUAAGUCACUAGGGUGUUUAUUCUCCACGUCUUGGGCCACGGAGAAAUGCCACCCUCUGCAGGAGGGGCUCUCACAGGGGAUCUCUGCACAUUCUUCACAUUCACUCCCCAAAACAAACACCCUGCACAAAGAUAGCUUUCAAUGACCCUGACAGGCUUCAAAGGACACCGCGGAAAUCUCCCUGGAAAAUAAGGAAGGGCCAAUUACUUUAAUUUCUUACAUGCUCUCUCUUCCUACUCCGAUAACCACCCCCCACUCUUGGAGCUCUGCUUAGUAUAAUUUUAGACCUUGGAAGUUCUGUCUCUGGGCGCUCCGGCCCACUUCCUGCUUCCUCGGUUGGUGAAUCUUGGAAAUGUCUGCAGAUCUGGUGAGGAGCAGAGCUGUCGGUUCUGUAAAAGCCCCUGUGAUUACGGCUUGUAAACUUGUUAAAAGGACAAUUUUCUGUCACAGCCAUAAACCCUUUGUAAAAUCCCUGGCACCCGAUCUAGAGCGUGCAUAUUCCAGAUGUGUUUAAUAAGAAAUUGCACAAUAUGCCUCCCUCUGCCGCCCUCGGCUCGUCUGGCUAAACUAGGGACAAGCAGAAGGCGAGAAAGCUGGAUAUUGCUUUGAAUUUUCUUGGCAAUCAUUUAAGAGCGAUCAUUAGGGGGAACUAACCAUAUUUUUUUUUCCUCGAGGAACUCUUUGAGGACCAGCUGUAAAGGGACCUCCAAUUUACCUUCUCUGCAAUGCAGUUUGACUCAAAAGCUACUUUUACUUUCUCCUCUACAGAUUUCAUAACUUUACCAAGUAAGGAACAACGGCUUAUAAAUAGUUUUUAGGAGGAAACCUGACAGCAUUUUGCCUAGUAAAAUGAAAAAAAAUACUAGGGUAAUUUUUUUCUUUUUAAAUCUGAAUAUAUGACAGUUCGGGUCCUGACUACCUGCUUGACUUGAUCUCUUAACUGAGAAUGAAACUGCCUAAAAACUAGAGUCCAAAGGCCUUGGCUGGCGGUUCCCGAGGCUCUGGUUUAGCAGUAGGCACCCAAGAGUCCCCAGAGCCCCAUGAGCUGCGGGCAGGGAGAAAGGCACUGCAGGGGCCGGGCUCUGCCGGUCUUGAACCUUGGUCUUGGCCCCGAGCUGAAGUGGAAGCUACCAGGAAGAGGCAGUAGCAUUGGCGCUUAGGAGCGAACUCCCAGUUUGCGGAGCAAUGACCCUUGUCACGCCGCUCUCCCCGCAGACUGAGGGCCAGUCGGAUACCUGGCCCUGAACCCGGGCGGAGCGGCCCUUCCUCUGUUCUGCUACAGCCAGCGCGGUCGUGGCGUUUGCGGUUGAAGGGGGCUUCACUUCUACCACCUCCCCCUGCCUGGAGGUCUUUGGUAAAGUGCGCAUGCAGAACUCCCGCAGACUCCGGAGGCCAUUCGUGCCACUGCCCUCCCGAGGCGCGGAGAGGCAAGGAGGAGAAGGGCGCGGCUGCCUCUCCUUCCCGCACCUGCGCGGCCUCUUCUUCAUCAGUUCAGAGAAUCGCGUGUCCCGGGGGCCCGCAUCCCAAAGCAGCUCCAGCCGCCGGGCCCGGGGAGCCCCUGGGAGCACAGGUUGCGAGGCUGGCCACUAGGGCCCAGACAAUGGAGGAGGCCGCGGCCUGAGCAUCGUGGGACAACGUUGUCGUGUUGGGCACCCCGGAGCCACCUGGCAGGCCCAAGUCCGGGUCUCCCUCUUCGAGUCUUAAGUUGUAGACGAGGCAUGUGCGCGGGGCUCGGGCCGCAGGUGUGAGCUCUGGUUGUCCGACACCGCGCUUUGGGGCCAGAGCCGCCGUCUCAGGCUUCGGAGCCUGGUCGGAAGGCGGCCUAGGUCCUGCGCCCAUUGCCGGCUGCCCUUCCUGCUUCAGAUACAGCACAUCUUUGCUUCCUGCGGCCUCCGCCUUGCCUGUUGGACCUGGGCUUCUCACCCGCUCCCUUGGCGGCGUCACAGAGAGGGAGCCCCUUCCCGAGCUGUUGUUAGAACUUCAACAACCGAGAAGAGCGGCCCUGGUUUCUGGAGUCUCGGGUUUCACAUUGUGGGCAGGUCUGCCAAAAAGAAGAGGAAACAGAGAACAGCCCGAUGAUUAAUUCUACCUGUUUUUCCCAUGAGCGAUCACCUGCUCCAGGGGUCAUGAAUAGCAGGUAGCUCUACCUCUCCAGGGCUCUGAGAGCUUCGUUUGUUUGGUGACAGCUGAGUGACAAGGCCUGAAACCCGAGCCCGUCACCCGGCCUGAUGGGGGGAUAAAAACCCUGGAUGUUCCCUCAAACAUUUCAGGAAAUGAAAGUUGUAACGCGAUCCCUCUUGCGCCCACAUCUCCUCCAGCAAACACAAAAGCUCAAAGAAGCCUUCUCGGAUUGAAUUCGGCCUGGAGUUGAUGGAGGGAAAGCGGAGCCCGGCGCAGGAUGGGGGAGGAGAAGGGAGAGGGUUGGGGCUGCGGCUGGCAGGCUUUCUCAACCAGUGAAGAGGGGAGAGAGGGGAGAGAGCUGGGCGCGAGAGGCCGGGGUGCCCCUCAGGGCGGGCUUCCACGCCGCGUCCCAAGCUUCCUGUGCCUCAAGGCGGCGUGGGCCGCCGCCGCCGCCGCCACGGUUACGUCUGUCUUCAGUCAACCCGAGGUGGGAAGGAAAACCCGCGGCCUCAGGCCUUCCGCCAACAGACCCCUGCGGAGCAGCGCGGCCUCUGCACAGGGCCUAGAGCCCCCGCGGGCCACGGCGCAGGCCCAGGCCCAGUCUUCGAGCAAACGACCGCCUGGGUGGAGGCUCCGGGACCCCGAGCCAGCCCUUGGGCGGAGGUGUGCCUCCCGACCCCGCCCUGAGCCUGCGCUGGGUGAGCGGCCGGAUCCCGAGGCCCAGCGGCGACGACGCGCCCUCGCGCUCGGCCGCCCCCAUCAGUCAGUAGCACCCAUCUGUCUCCCGGCCCCACCCGCGCUGGCAGGGAAGCUCCCCGCUGCCCCCGCUGCCCGCUGGGAGCUGGCGCGGGGAGUGAGGGUAAAGGGAGGAAGGGGAGCUGAGAAGCUGACGCUCCGACCCCCACGCAGCCAGCCAUCCCCGGUCAUACUGUUCUCUCACGCACCGCGCCCUGUGCCGGCGCAACCGCAAGGUUUUAAAAGGAAACCCAAGGCCCUUCAAGGCGAGCGAGUCUUGCUCCUUAACCCAGGCUGCUGCGACUGCUUUGUUCUUUCGCGGAUUUUUCUUUUUCUUGCUCCAUCAGUUCAGAUAGCAUUAUCGGUCCCCAUCUCUCUCCCCAACCUUCAUGGGGUCUAGGUAGGUGAUUUUUCUUUCUUUUUUUUCUGAACGUAGAAACAUGUUACCUAGAAAACUAACGAGGGAAGCAGAGUAUUAAUGCAUCGCCACAGAUCCAUCACUUGCAAAUUGUGUAGACUUAGGCCAAGUUACCUAACGUUUCUGAGCCUCACCUUGGGAAUAUAGAAACUAUGAUAUUUAAACACUGCAGGGAUGCUUUGAAGCUGAAUAUUAAAUGUAAAGUGCUUGGCACAAUAAACAUUUAAUGAACAGUAGCUGUAAUUAUGACAUGCUUGAAGCUUCCUUAGACUUGCACAAAGCCGCCUGGGAAAAUUCCCAUGAUGCUAGAGUUUCCAGUGAGGGCAGAUUAUGGCCAUUUCCUUCUUUUGUCUGAAACACUGAAAGAAGUACAAGUUAUUCUACUGGAGACCUAAGGUCCGAUUAGCCUUUGGGUGUAGCCAAAGCUGAAAAUGAUUUGUUUGUGCUCUGUAGAAGUUUAACUGCAGCAAUUUAGUUCUGGAAUAAUAUUGAAAUCUGGAAUGCUUGGAUUUUGUUAUCUCUAUUCUUUAUGAUUUGGACACUUAUGUAGAUGCUUUCAUAUAUGGUAGAAUUCCAUUGAUGAAAAAUAAAACCCACUUAAGUGUGCCAGAAAAUGACAAAUUACUUAGAAGGAAACUAAAGUAUUUAGCUGAGUAGAGAAUUUAAGGCCCCACCUAAAUGUGUCAACAUAUGUGUAGAGUAAGAAACUACUUUGAAGAUUUAAUGCUUUGCUGAUGUUAACACAGUGCUGAUAUAAUAGCACCUGAUAAAUACUUUUUGAGUAAAUGAAUGGGCUGCUGAAAUGACGGAGAGUCUUUAGAUAGAACACAAUUCCCAGAGUUGGAAUUUUUCAGGACCCUCUUGGGUACAUUUCUUCUCUUGUGACACUCCCUAAUAAUCACCAGGGAUGAAUAGCUCAUUUUGACAUAUUGCACAUCCUUCUCUGAUUUCAAGGACUUUCUCAUUCAGGUAAUAUUCAAUGCAAAACGUAUAGCUGAAAUUUGCUUGUGUAAAUGAGAGAGAGAGAGAGAGAGAGAAACUUCUGGUAAUGUGCUGGGGUUUACUAGUAGGAGAAAUAAUCCCAGCAAAAGUAAAUACAAAACCUAGAGAGUAGGUGAAGCAUGCAUGUGGUAGGUGUCUUCAAGAAUGGAUCUUCAUGCCCUUCAAGCCUUUCAAAAUAAUUUCAUUGUCAUUACUAGAAGAAGCAUUUUGUAUUCAGUUCUUUAACACUGCAAGUUUCAUCCAGCAUCUUCAUUUUCUUCAGUUAUAUCCUAGCCAACUAAAAACUGUACAUAUUUAAGAUUUUAGUUUAGGGAAGUUGAUUAAUUCAUAGUCAAUUACCAUACAUGAUCAGAAAUAGUUCCACACUAUUUUUGUUUAGAAAAUUCUAUAUUACACUUACAACUUCCUUGGGGUAGAGCCCUAGUAGAGGGAGCAGAUGCAUGUUCAGAAAUUUACCAGAAAGGUCUGUUAGAUACAUAUACUCUGUCUUAUGACUGCAGAAUUGCACUUGUGUACAUAAAUGCUUAUUGGCAAAUAUAUAUUUAAUAUUACUUUUACUUGCAAAGUGAAUAUUUGAAAGUAAGCAGUACACAGACAGAAAUAGAUAGAAAAAGUGAAGAGUUUUGGCCCAUCACUUUUAAGAAUGUGUCCAGAGAAACAUUUGGUGGGAACUAUGACUAUAUUGCUGCUAAAUCAUUUGCAUAUUGUGAAAUUGUUUGCCUCGUGUGAGGGCCAAGAGUUCUCAGAAUUAUGCUUUUUGCCACUGCUUUAAAUGUGACUGAAAUAGAGAAAUAUGUGGUGUUUUUCUUUCUAAAUUGUUCCAGCACCCACAUGUUUAGAAACACAAAAAUAUGUCCAGGGGCUCACUCAAAAAAUAAAAAGAAAUGAGAAAAAGAGCAUUUUGUGCUAAGGAAUAAGUUAAUUUAAAUUAGAUUAAACUUUGCAGAGGGUGCUUCAAGGAGGUUUGGGUAGAUUCCAAGCUUUAGCAUAUCGUUUAAGAAAUGAAAGCCCUUAGGGUAUUCCAAAAGGCCUGUCCGCUCUAAAUCAGCUUUAGUUCAUUUCAAAUAAAAAAAUAUAUGACUGAACUUGAAGGCUGGAUAAAGAGGGAGUCUUAUUUCUACUCUGCAGAUGUAUCAUAGUGAAAUAAAUUAAGUGUGGAAAUCCAGGACCCUCAAUUUCAGAUUUUCUCUUAAAGGAUUUAUAUGUAUGUGCCGAGGCAGUAGUUCCUGUUCAAUCACUUGACCUCCACCAAACUGAAAGACUUAUUUGUCAAUAUGUUCAAAAGUAUAGUAGCUUUCUUUCUACUGGAAAUUAGUUAUAGCUAAAAUGAAUUAGCCCUCAUGGAGCACUCAGAAGACAACAUACUAGGUAUUUUCAGUAUAUUUAAUGAUGCAUGACAUUUUAUGAUUUUAAUUAUAGGUCAAUCUCAGAUAGUUGAUGGUUCCUUCAAGUGUUGAAAGCACUGUUUUUUCAUUUUAAUUAAAGCCAAAAACAAUGGAAAAACAAGCAAAUUUCUUAUAAAAUAAAGAUUUUAACAUUAGUUAACAAAGCAAGGAAUGAAAUGAAAUAUAUGCUUUAUUUUCCAAAGUUCAAAUUUUUAGCAUUAUAUGGUGGCAAAUUUACUGUAGAGACAUGCAUACCACAAAUGUUAUAAUUUGUGACCCCCCCUUUUUUAAAAUUAGAUUUUGCAUGACUUUGGAAUAAUGAAGACUUGAAUUUGAAUAAUUACCUGAAAUAGAUGGAUAAAAAUAUAGUAAGACGAAAAUACCACAUUUUUUGUGAAGAUACGAACAAAACUCACAAACAAGACUCAAGAUUGUUCUAAGCUUCCAUUACAUUUGUUAUGAACAAUACAAAUGAUUAAGAAAGACCUAUUUUCUUUGCCGAAUGCUCUUAGCCAUACUCUCCUUAAUAAGGAUACCAAAGGAAGUAUGGUAGUGAGGAUUAGAAGAGUCAAAUACUGCUAGUCAGUGGAUGGAUUGUAUUACGUGCAGGAAAGGAGGCAAAAUAUCCAUAAAAUAGCCUUUCAGGUUCAGUUUGUCUCAAGUUAUGUUGUGAAAUUCAGUGGUUAGGUGCAGUUGUACACCCAUUGGUGCUCAAGAUUAAAUGGAGUUGGAGUGGGCCAACUCUGGGGCAGAAGGACAUGCAGGUGGUACCAGAGGUAUUAGGGUUUGUGGUUCCCUAUAGGAAAUUCUUCUGGCUAUUGUAUCCCCUCUUGGGUAGAGUGGGUAAGAAAAAGUCCAGAGCCUAAUCUAUAAAUCCUUCUUGGUUCACAGGUCAGUCUAUAUUGUGAAGAUUAAUUUGAUUUCAGACUGUUAUUUAUAAUUCCAGCACUGGCCCUUUUGACUUAGCACACCAAUUCAUUAAAAGUUGAAAUUGUAUCUUUCAUCCAUUAAGAGAAGAGAGUCCAAACAUGCCAUAUUUCUUAGCUGAGAAAUAAAACUUCAAGUCUUGACCACGUUAUUCACCUUAACAUUCUUUAGUUCUCUUGGAAGGAAGUUCUCAACAAUCCUGGUAUCCUGGCUGAAGUUUAGGUUUGAGACCUCCCCUAUGCUCGUUUAUGUUCCAGUCAUAACUGGAAGUGGUAUUUAUUUGUCACUUCCUGUUCUAGACUUAUUGUGGUAUUUUGUGUGUCUGUGGAUGGCUGUUAAGCUGAAGGCUAAGGGAUCUUUGAAGACUUUCUGUUUAGACAUAUUUUAAUUGGUUUAACUUAAGACUGGACAAAAAUUUUAUCUACAAAUAAUAAAUUUUAUGUUAUCUACAAAUAAUUUAUGGAAGAAAAAUAUAAAAAUUUAUAAAUUUUUGGAAAAUUAUUGACACUAUGAUACUAAUGGCUGUAAGUAUACUGUAUCUAUUUGUGCUACCAGAUCGAUACAUUUUUUUUUUUUGUAAGAAAAAAAUCAGUUAUUGGGCUUUAGAGAAAUUAUGGAUUAUUUGGAUGUAUGAAAUACCAUCUCAGACAAAAAGCAUCCAUGGCUCAGCUUAAUGUCAGAAAAGGUCUUAUGUUAGAUCAGCUGUUUAGAGACAGUAAA